AAAUAAUAACAACUGUGAAAGAGAAAAUUUGAAACUAGGCCAUUCGAAAAAAAAAGACAACUAUUACUGUUUCUGUACGUAAAUGCCCGAGUACACAGUAACAUCAGAGAUUUACGAAGAAUAUGAUUACACAAGUAAUAUAGCUCCCAGCGCAAAUGGAAAUGUCAUAUCGGAAUUUCCAUUUUUGCUACCCGAAACCGGACAAACUGCUAAGUUUGAUGAAGACGGUGACCUAGAUGUUGUAAGACCUAAAAGAAAAGUUAUAAGAAUUGAACACAGCCCCAAAACGGCAAUAUCUUUAGUGGGCCGACAAGUGUGGAGAGGAGCAUUUCUACUAGGAGACUGGUUAAUACACCUUGGCUUAAAAGGCGAGCUCUCCAAUAAGAAUGUUCUAGAAUUAGGAGCAGGUACAGGAGUGACUAGUAUCGUCGCUGCCCUGUUCGCUGAGAAAGUAGUGUGUACAGACAUCAACGUAGGAGGUAUCCUGGAUCUAAUAAACCUGAAUGCGAAGUACAAUAAGGAUUUAAUAAAAUCACAUUUCUCUGUAAUGCCGCUGGACUUCACCGAUACCGCGUGGAGUUCAAAACUUAAUAAUGUGAUCAAAGAAGUCGACUUUAUUAUUGCGGCUGAUGUGAUAUACGACGAUGAUGUGACAGCAGCCUUCAUAUCCACUAUACAAAAGAUACUUAACUUGAAACCUCCAAAAACUGUGUACGUUGUGUUGGAGAAGCGUUAUGUGUUUACAAUAGAACAUCUGGAUUGCGUCGCGCCGUGUUACGAGACAUUCCUCACUUUGUUGAACAAAGUGAAAUCAGAAAACGUUCAUUCCACUUGGACAGUCGAACAACUACCUCUAGAUUUUCCAAAAUAUUUCACUUACGACAGAGUGAAAGAUCUAGUGUUAUGGAAGAUAUCAUCCAAAUAGAACUGUGAUAUAAAUAUAUUUAUAGAUUUUAUUAUGUACCUAAUGAAGACAAUAAAAGACAAUUUUAGCACC